CACGUGUCCAAUUCAACUGAACUAUUUCUCUCGCCAAUUAAUUCAUUCCUGGUUAUUGUCAAACGCAUCUGCCAACAAUUUGCCUUGCAAUUCUAUGCUCUCUAGCCAGUGGACAGGUCCGCUUUAUGUUUGAGGCUGAAAUCGACUGCAAUAUUCCUGGCGCUCUCUGGUGUGGAGAACUCUAUGUUUUGGAGCAAGAUGUAGUGUUUCCCGAUUUGCUGAGAAUUGAUAGAUUCUGCACGUCAAAAAGUAAAAAGAUGUUCAGGUUCGAUGUCUACCCUGGGAGUGACUUUCCUACAGUUGACCUCGAGCUCACCUACAAAUUCAAUCAUAAUUGCUCUGCGGAUGGAGAAACGUAUUGUGUGAAGCCUAAGUGGUCGAAAAAAGUGAAUGGACGUGUCGGUCAAAGUGUAGGCUUCGACAUCGAUGCUCGUCCACAUGGCAAACCAUCGAGAUGUAAACCGCCUUUCUACUUUUGAAUUGGAAUGAUUUAACUCCUUGUAUGAAUGAUGUUCGGUUU